UUUAUUUUCUCUCUCUAAAUGUAUAUUAGAUGUUAAUACAGCUUAUUGGUUUCCAUGAAUCAUGAUUGAGCUAAAAUCCCCACCAUGUUUCCCAUUAUAAAUAAUGAAGAGGUUGAAGUUUCCCCCACUCUGAAUCUCAGCAUUUGUACUUUUGCGUGUUUCAAAAUGAAGAUUCCAUUUCCCAGUGUGAUGUUGUGCAUGAUGAUGCUCAGUGGUUUUGUGGUUGAAGCAGUGGUGGCAGUGGGAGUUCCGGUGGGAGCUCCGGCAGCAGCAGCAGCUCCUUCAUCAGAGUGUUGCAAUGUGAUGGAGCUGGUUCCAUGUGCGAAUGCCUUCACGAGCUCAACAGCACCGUCAGCAGAAUGCUGUGAAAGACUGAAAGAGCAAAAAGCAUCGUGCAUAUGCAAGUACAUCACUGAUCCAGCCCUUGGAGGUUUGAUCAACACUCCCAAUGCAAAGAUGGUUAGUGACAGUUGUGGCUCUCCUAUGCCUAACAAUUGCUAGCUCUACACUCCCAUCAAUAAAUUAGGGUUCUUCUCUCUCCUCCUAAAAAUCUUACCUUUCUUCACUUUUCUCUUUCAUCAUCAUUCUGUAACUCCUUCAACCAUCAUGUAUUUAACAUCCCAUUACGUUUUUA